GCACAGGACAAAGCUAAAGCCAGGCAGAGCAGCUGUGAGGAUCAAAUACACACACACACAAAGGAGAUAGAAGACAGGGAGAAGGAAAAUAUCUGCCAAAAUGAGGAUACCGCUGCUCUUUUCCAUCUGCUUGUGGAUGUUAUCGGAAGCAGAAGUCAUUCAGCUUACUGAUAUGUUUGGUGAAAUCCGGACACCCAACUUUCCUGACUCUUAUCCUAGCGACUCAGAGGUGACAUGGAAUAUCACUGUCCCAGAGGGUUUUCGGCUAAAGCUCUAUUUCAUGCACUUUGAUCUGGAACCGUCUUACCUCUGCGAGUAUGAUUAUGCCAAGGUGGAGUCUGAGGACCAGGUUAUUGCCAACUUCUGCGGGAAAGAAAGCACUGACACAGAGCAAGCUCCAGGUCAACAGAUUAUUACAUCACCUAGUAAUUUUCUAAGCCUCACCUUCCGGUCUGAUUUCUCCAAUGAGGAGCGCUUCACAGGGUUUGAUGCUCAUUAUAGCGCAAUAGAUAUAGACGAGUGUACAGAGAAAAGUGAUGAAGAUCUGGUUUGUGACCAUCACUGCCACAAUUACAUUGGAGGGUUCUACUGCUCCUGCAGAUUUGGUUACCUCUUGCACACGGAUAACAGAACAUGCAAAGUGGAAUGCAGUGAUAAUCUUUUUACCCAAAGAAGCGGGUUAAUUUCAAGUCCGGACUAUCCCGGUCCAUAUGCCAAGAGCUCAGACUGUCGAUAUAGGAUUGAGCUAGAAGAAGGUUUUGUUAUAAAUCUCCAUUUUGAUGACAACUUUGAUGUUGAAGAUCACCCGGAAGUCAAGUGCCCUUAUGAUUACUUAAAGAUAAAAACUGGAAAAAAGGAAUUUGGCCCACUGUGUGGAGAGAAAUCGCCCGGAAGAAUAGAAACAGGAAGCAACAGCGUUCAGAUUCUCUUCCAUAGUGACAAUUCUGGGGAAAAUGGAGGAUGGAGAUUGUCCUACUCUGUAACAGGUAUGCCAUGUCCAAAUCUGCACCCGCCAAUGAAUGGAAAACUUGAACCUCCUCAGUCUGAAUAUACAUUUAAAGAUCAGGUUGUAAUUAGCUGCAACCAAGGGUACCGAGUGCUGAAGGAUAAUGUUGAGAUGGAGAGUUUACAGAUUGAAUGUCGAAAAGAUGGAACAUGGAGUAACCAAAUUCCACCGUGUCAAAUUGUUGACUGCAAAAAGCCAAAGGAGAUAGAGAAUGGAUUCAUCACCUACUCCACAGCAGAAAACCGAACCACAUACCAGUCCAGCUUUAACUAUUCCUGCAGGGAACCUUACUACAUGAUGGUCCCAAACAUAACACUUGUGUAUACUUGUGAUGCAAGCGGAGAGUGGACUAGCCAGGAGAUUGGAGCAAAGAUUCCUACUUGUCAGCCAGUUUGUGGCAAACCAGCUCGGCCUCUCCCUGGAAUAGUGAAGCGGAUCAUCGGAGGACGGAACGCAGAGCCAGGAUUCUUCCCAUGGCAAGUACUAAUUGUUGUGGAAGAUCUUUCACGAGUUCCUAUGAACAAAUGGUUUGGUGGUGGAGCUCUUAUCUCAGACUCCUGGGUACUGACAGCUGCUCACAACUUAAGAUCUCAACGUCGUGACAACACGGUGAUGCCAGUUGCCAAAGAGCAUGUCACCGUCUAUUUGGGUUUGCAUGAUGUGCGAAGUAAGACAGAUGCAGUAAACAGAACUAUAGAGAAAAUCAUUUUGCAUGAAAUGUUUGACCCAGAGAGUUAUAACCAUGACAUUGCCCUAGUGAAGCUGAAUGAGAAGGUUAUAAUGAACCAGUAUGUGAUGCCAGUUUGCCUGCCAAAGCUUGAGCAUGAGUUGGAAGGACCUCAGCCUAACACGCUAGGCCUUGUGGCAGGUUGGGGCAUUUCCGAUCCUAACAUCACUGUAGAUGAAGUUAUCAGCUCGGGCAUGAGGACACACUCUGCUAUUCUACAGUAUGUCAAGCUUCCAGUGGUGCUUCAUGCAGUGUGCAAGGAAAGCUAUGAAUCCCGCUCAGGAAAUUAUAGCGUUACAGAGAAUAUGUUCUGUGCUGGUUAUUAUGAAGGGGGAAAAGACACCUGUCUCGGGGACAGUGGAGGUGCAUUUAUUAUGCAGGACACUGACACAAAACGUUGGGUGGCACAGGGGUUAGUUUCUUGGGGUGGACCCGAAGAAUGUGGGAGCAAGCAGGUUUAUGGAGUCUAUACCAAAGUAUCUAAUUUUGUGGAUUGGGUAGAUGAUAAUCUUAAAUCCUAAUCUGGCCAAAUCUAAACUACACUAUUAUUAUAAAUUAUAUCUGUAAGACACAUUAUCAAAAGACAGAAAAAGGUCAGACAAUCAUAGCUCAUAUUUUUAACAUAUUGUAUAAAAAGUAUUUAUGAGAAUAUUAAAUAAUACAGUAUUUCUUUUUAUAUUGUUUUGCUUUUUUUUUAAACUGUUUUUACAUUCAGGAGAGUGUGUAAAAUACCCCAAUCUUGGUAUUCAGACUCAAAGCUCUGAUAAGACCAACUUUGUCUUGAGCAUAAUGUGCAAAAAACCCAUUUUAAAUUUUUUUUUGUGCAAUGUAUGCACAUGUGCAAUUUAAUAUUGCUUGCUUCAGUAGAGUUAUCGUAAUGGGUUUUUUUGAAAUACUGUAGUUAUAGAUGUGUUUCACUGUAGAAUGCAUAUGCCUAGCAAGCAAUAUGGACUCUCCUGUGCAUAUGUAUACUAGGGAUAAGUGAAUUUUUUCGCAUUGUUUCGCCGCAGAAAUGAUGCCCAUAGCCUCCAAUGGGAGAAAAAAAAUUGUUGUCCACAGACUUCAAUGCGAAUUUUCACUGGCUGCAAAUUUUUGGCGAAGCGAAACGGGUCAAAUUCGCCCAUCCCUAUUGUAUAGAUUUAAAUUUACACAGAAAGAAUGUUCUGAUUUCUAAAGGAAAAUCUCAAGAACAGAACUGACUAAUUAAAGAAAAUAAUAUAAGCUAAAACAUGUACAUUGGCUGUACAGUAGAGUAAAAUUGGUACUAAAUGCUGAAAUUUAGCUUUAUUGCACAGGGACAUAACUUUGUGGGCCUUGUCCCCCCCCCUGAAUAAAUGUUUCCAGGGCUUCCCUCCAUUGAAAAAUCACAGGUAGCCAGCAGUGCAUGCAAAAUGCAAAAUCGUGGCUCAUCUACAGUUUUGUUUGUGUUGCAGGUCACCAGUGACCCCUGCACCCCUCUUCUUACAGGUACCCUGUAGUUGCUGGGUCAGUCAUUUCUGUAUAGUUAUGCCACUGCACAUUGCAGGAUAGCAGCAUAAAACAGAAAACAAGCUGGCAGUGUGGAGUUCUGAUUCUAAUCAAAGAGGAGCAGUGGCCUGGGGUCUGAAGUAGGUGGUUAUAAUCUCUAGGGGACCUCAAUUGAAUAAGCCUUACUUUGUCCUUUAAUAGCAAAGCUUUUUUCAAAUUUAUAUUUUAGCUGAGUCAGCUAAUAGUGUUCCUCAGGCUGCAGAACCACAGGCCAGUUGGGUUCAAUCUGUAACAGAUGGAUUGGUGCUGCACUUGUGCUGUGCAUGGCCUAGAAUAUUUUUUUGCGUACAUACUGUGCAUGUAAAUUCGAAAGUGAGAUUUAUCGGACCUCGACCAUGGAAACAGUUCUAAUUCAUAUAUUCGCCACCUAAAACCUGACAAAUUCAUUUACAAGUCACCACAGAGGUCCAGUGACCCAUUUAAAUAUGUUAAUAGCCUUCCUGACAUUGGAGUUUUUUUCGGAGGAAAAUUCAAUUUGAAUUUCAUUCGUAUUCGAUUCAAUUACAAAACAAAUGUUCGGUUCGUUCCCAUUCGAUCAAAUUUUAGACGUUCAAUUUUUUUUUCAUAAAUAACCACCCAUUCCAAUUGUGUGUACAUUCGAAUUUAUUAGAAUAAAAAAUAAUUCACAUCAAUUCAAAAUUCGACCUUUGUUAAAUCUGCCUUUUAAUGUUCUGUUAGCAUGCGUUGGUAAAAGCUGUGUGUUUGCUUCAGAAAGACUACAAGGGAUGGGCGAAUUUGACAUAUUUAGUUUCACCUAAAAUUCGCCGCCAGCCAAAAUAUCGCAGAUGCCCAUUACAGUCCAUGGGCGUCAAAGAAAUGUUGUUGUGCGGCAAAGUUUUUUCUUUUGAUACACAACGCCAUACAAGUCUAUGGGCGUCAUUUUUGCGGCGAAACGAGAAAAAAUUCGCCCAUCCCUAACUACAAUAAUUUAUAUAAAUAUGCUUUAUGGGGAAAGUGAUUUGCAAUAAAUGUGCUCAUAGAUGAUAAUGUACAUUUUUUAUCUUAUUACACUUUUAAUACACUCCUACCAAAAAAGUCUUUCAAAGACAUAUGUAUGCAGCUGUGGAUACAACUGUACAUUUCUUUGGCUGUUCUAUGAUUGUAAACUAUUUUCCAUUGUAUGUUUUUGUAUUUUUUUUAGUGCCUACAUUUUUAUAAUAAAGAUAUAUUGAGG